AGGGACCCUCGCUGCUCUCCUGGGGCUGGAAAUGGCGGAAGUGGAGCAGAAGAAGAAGAGGACCUUUCGCAAGUUCACCUACCGUGGGGUAGACCUGGACCAGCUCCUCGACAUGUCCUAUGAGCAGCUGAUGCAGCUGUACAGCGCCAGGCAGCGGCGGCGGCUGAAUCGCGGCCUGCGGAGGAAGCAGCACUCGCUGCUCAAGCGCCUGCGCAAGGCCAAAAAGGAGGCACCGCCCAUGGAGAAGCCCGAAGUGGUGAAGACACACCUGCGUGACAUGAUCAUUCUGCCUGAGAUGGUGGGCAGCAUGGUGGGUGUGUACAACGGCAAGACCUUCAACCAGGUGGAGAUCAAGCCCGAGAUGAUUGGCCACUACCUGGGCGAGUUCUCCAUCACCUACAAGCCAGUGAAGCAUGGCCGGCCGGGCAUCGGUGCCACCCACUCCUCCCGUUUCAUCCCCCUCAAGUAGCUGUGGCAAUAAACCUAAAUUCUA